AUUUGCAUAAAUUCGCAAAAAGCAAAGGCCAUGUUUUUUAAUUAAAACCUGCACGAUGUCCAUGGCUAAGUACCCGAAGAUAUCCGUGGAAAAGAACGGCAAGGAUCUGGAGGAGAUAGGCCAGGGCAGGCAUCCUUUCGAAGUGGUCUUUAGUCAUCCCCCAUCGGAUGAUAGGGAAGAAGCCACUUCCUCAGGCACGUCAUCGGUGAUUCCAGAAUCUUCUGAUAUAUGGGACAUUGCUGCCAAUGGCAAACUGGCAAUCUUCACCAGCGCUGGGGUAGCGGCCUCUGAGAAAAUAGCCGGCUACGAUAUGGACGGCACCAUCAUCAAAACGAAAUCUGGCUGGGAUUUCCCCGAUGAUACUUAUGACUGGCAGAUUAUAUUCCCCGAAGUGCCAGAGAAAUUGAAAAGUCUCCAUAGGAAUGGGUUCAAGGUCUGUUUCUUCACCAAUCAGCGCGGCAUAGCUCGCGGGGAAAUAGAGCUAGAUGACUUUAAAGUGAAGGUCCAGGAUAUCGUGAAUGAACUAGGGUUGCCCAUCCAAGUUUUCAUAGCCAUCGGCGAUGGAUACUACCGAAAACCGUUGACAGGAAUGUGGCAGUACCUGAAGACCAACAUGAAUGCGGGUGUCAGGAUUCGGGAAGAUCUCUGUUUCUUUGUGGGCGAUGCAGCCGGAAGACCGGAGACGGGAAAGGGAGCCAACAAGCGGCGGGAGGACCACUCCCUAGCAGACAGACUGUUUGCGGCGAACAUUGGACUCACCUUCUACACUCCAGAAGUUCAUUUCCUGAACGAGCCAGUGGAGCAGUGGAACAAGCCGGACUUCGAUCCCACCACCUUCCAGGGCGAGGUGGCUCUACUUGACCCAGAUGACCUGACCUUCGAGGACCACCCCUGUGAAAUGAUCAUUAUAGUGGGAUUGCCUGGUUCUGGAAAAAGUCACUUGUGUGACACCUUUUUCCAGUCGCGCGGCUACAAGAUUGUGAGUGCAAACACCCGAAGCUCCCUGAUUGCCUUGAAGGGAUUCCUUCAAUCAGGACAGUCCUGUGUGGUGGACAGCGCUAAUAUAGAUGUGGCAACCCGCCAGGAAUUCCUGCAGCUGGCUAGCGAAAUGAAGGUUCCUUGUCGAUGUCUUGUGAUGAAUGUGCCCGAGGCUCAACUGAAGCACAACCUAGCCUUCCGAGAGCUGUCAGACUUGCACCACUCCGGAGUUAGGAGCGCGGUCUUUAAGAGGAUGCAGAAAAACUACCAGGAGCCAACUCUAGACGAGGGAUUCAAAUCCAUUCACAAGGUGAACUUUAAGCCAAAGUUUGCGGACGAGCAUCUGGAAAAGCUGUACAAAAUGUACUUGCUGGAGAAGAUAGCAAGUAAGAAAAGUUAGACUUAAGCCAAAGUGAGCAUAAGUACAUUGUACACUCAUAUUAUCAUACGCUUGGAGUAGGAUGGGUACUCUAUAAAAACUCUAAAUCUCCUAAGGAAUACCUCAAAAAAGAUUAUGGAAGUAAAUUAAUCUCGAAUGUAUGUUUUAAAAAAAAA